UUGUCACACUUGCACAAUCACACUCUGAUGCCUCAGACUGUGUGAGUGAGAUGAGGGUGAGAAAGAGAGCAGCUGAACAGUGAGUUUGUGUGUGUCUGAGUGAGAUAGAGAGAGAGAAAAAGUCAGAGAUGAGUUCCACUCCACCCACAUCCAUCCAUGUCCAAUGUGAGGGGGUGGUGAAACACUAUAGACCUUACUGUGCCAUUAACCAACAUUAUUUAGUCGAUUUAAGCUGGGGAAGAGGCUAGUCAACACAACUCCUCAUAAGAAUUCCACCCUGUUGGAGCAACAAUGAGUUCUCAUGUAAAACUCAGGAAGGAGAGGGUGGGUGUUGUGGACUACGACACACAAAUCAAAGAGGUGCGUUCCCAGCUUGUAGACCAAUUAAAAGUGUUGGAUUUGCAACUUGAGCAUAAGACCCAACAGCUACAAGACCUCACAGACUAUCUGCGGAGACGGGGUGAGAUAGAAUGCGAGUAUGCCCGCUCCUUGGAAAAACUUGCUGAAAGAUUUACUUCCAGAACAAGGAGGAAGGAGCCCAGCACUCACUCAAUCGCUCAAAUCUGGCUGGCUCUGCUGUCUCAGACCCGUCAGGAAAGUAAGGACCACAAUGGGCUCAGUGAAAGUUGCAGCAAUAUUCUCAUCCAGCCUCUCAUGCACUGUCUGGAGUACACACAACGCCUUGCUAAGAAGAGUAAAGACAUCUGUAAUCAGCUACAAGACGGAUUGCUCAAGGUUGCCACAGAGCUACAGACUGCUUGGCGGACAUACUACCAGUACCACUCAGAGUAUGUAAGUGCAGAAGGGAAGCUGAGGGAAGCAGAGAAACAGGAAGAAAAGCAAAAGCAGAGUGCUGCUAAGAAGCUGGAGAGGUUGAUAGAAAAAAGACAAAUCAAAGUCCAAGAGAUACAGCUGAAAUGCAGCAAGGCCCGAAAUGACUACCUCCUAAACCUAGCUGCUGCCAAUUCCUCCAUGAAUAAGUACUAUCUUCAGGAUGUGUCUACUCUCAUUGAUUGUGCAGACAUAGGGUACCACCUCUCUUUUGGUCGGGUGAUGCAAGCCUAUUUGUCCAGGCGGUGGCAGGCCCAGGAAAACCUGGACACUGGUCUGGAGAAGCUCCAGGGGGCUGUAUCUGGACUGGACCAGAGUCAAGACAGAGACACUCUUCUACAGGACCACCACAACACCUUCUCUAUGCCUCUUCGCUUCCCAUAUCAGCCACAUGAAGGAGAUCAGGUUUCUGAGGUCAGUGCAGAGUUUGAGAUGAGGUGCGAGUUGGACAUGCGAUUCAAACAGAUCCAAACCCGACUGAAAGCGGUCACCCAGGAAACAGAGGAGGCUAGUAAAAACAUGACAGCAGCCCAGUCCUCUUUGUUGGAGGGCAUCAGUGAUGAUGAUCUGGAGCCCAGCAGUGGUUGCAGUCCCCCUCAAGAAGGCAGCACUGAGAAUUUGACCAUUAGACCCAGUGUAACCCGACGGAGGGCAAACCUGCUGGAAAUAGAAAAUCUCUACUUCACUAAAGUAAAAGAAUACCUUGUUGGCAGCUCCUUGGUAUCUAAGCUCAAAGCAAAGCAUGAUCUGCUUAAAGUAGCUGUGGAAAAAGCUGAAGCAUCAAAUGGACAUCAGCCUAGACAAAUUGGAAAAUCUUUGUGUGUCAGAAGGAAUCAGUCAAGUGUUAAUUUGAUGCACAACCACAAACUUUUCAAUGGAGACAUGUUAUCCUUCAUACAGGCAACAGGACAGGAGAUUCCGGUUGUUGUGGAAACCUGCAUUCGCUUUAUCAACCUCAAUGGUCUCCACCAUGAAGGAAUUUUUAGAGUGCCAGGAUCUCAGAUGGAGGUUAAUAACCUGAGGGAUGCAUUUGAGCGAGGUGAGGACCCCUUGGCUGACCAGAGGUAUGAUUUGGACUCUGUGGCUGGAGUUUUGAAGCUCUACUUCAGAGGCCAGGAGAAUCCACUCUUUCCAAUUGACAGUACUAGCCAGCUCCUGGAGCAAGCCCAAAUAAAGAAUGAAGCUGAGAGAGCAGCUCAGCUCAAGACAGUCAUCUCUUCCUACCCUGAGCCCAUCAUCGUUGUCAUGAGAUACCUCUUUGCAUUCCUUCAUCAUGUGUCUCAGUACAGUGAUGAGAACAUGAUGCAGCCAUACAACUUGGCUGUGUGUUUUGGUCCCAGCCUGGUAAGAGGGUCUCAAGAUGAUGAUGUUGUAACCCUGCAACCUCAGAUCAACCACCUUGUAAAGAGUAUCAUCAUUCAGCAUGAAAACAUCUUCCCCAGUCAGAGCGAAGUACAAGGGCCAGUGUAUGAGAAGUGCAUGACGCUUGAACAGGAUGACUGCGAGCCCAUUAUCGAGGAAGGAGAAGGAGACACAGAUUACACGCAUAGCAAAACCGAUUUGGAAAUGGGGUCCUUCACUAAUAAUGGCCCAGAUGUGUCUGCAGAACCUAUACAGACAAAGACAGAACGUCCCCGAGCAAACAGCAGUGGCUCCAUAGACCAUAACAGGAUACCGGCUGGACCAGCAGGGGGCGGAAUUACCUCUGCUGGAAAGCUGACACUUCAGAUUCCAGUUGGGCCACAAUGCAGGCCGAGGAGGAUGCACUCUCCUGUUUCUGUGCACAGAGAAUGUCAACAACACUCAUCCUCUGAGGACAUAGUUGUGCAAGUAGACAAGGAGGUCUCUCGCCACAUGGAGUCAGUCUUUAAGGAGCUUCUCAUACGACAAGCACAACAGGAUCCCUCCCCCUGUGUUUUGGCACCUUCUGCCCAAGCUCCCCAAAAAAGGGGGAAGCGAGAUGGAAAAAAGGGGAAAGGGAUUUUUAAGACGGCAGAUCCACUGGACUAAAAGUACUGGAAUCAGCACAUGACAAAGAAAGAAAAAAAAUGGAACUAUUAUGUUAAUGGGAACUGAGGUGUUGUGUAAAGGGCUCAGACAAUAGCUUUCGGUGCAUCUGUUCCUAGAAAACUGAAAUCACUAACCUAUAAACCCUUCUCUGAGCCCCCCAAAGACUGGUUUAGGAUUAUUUCCUAAAGUAAUUUAAUUCACCAUUUAAUUCUCUCAGUACUGGCUACUUUCAGUCAUGUUCUGGAUAAUAAAACCCUGCAGCAACUGCAGACUAAAAACUAGAUGUGGAAACUGUGAAUUACAUUAAGUGCCAAAAUGUGUUUGGGUACAGCUAAAUGUGAUGUUAUGCAACUUUGUCUGCACCGAUGUAAGUGUUGAUGUUAAACUGCUUUGAAUGUAUGGUUUUUAAUGAUUAUGCACAGAUUUACAAGCAGACAUUCUUCCUGUGAUUUAGACACAAACCUGAUAAAGAAAUGUGAAAAUUGUCCUUAAGUUGUGUAUAUUACCAAUUUUAAACUUGUUUCAAAUAUUGUUUUUUUUUUGUACAUAUAAUAAAUAAUUUGCUUCCCUCUCUGAUUUUAUUUUAAAUAAGUGCAACAAAUAUGCACUUAUACAGUACCUUUUAAAAUUUACCUAUACAAGGUGCUUAAAAAGUAUUUCCAAGGUGCAUCAGUAGCAGAAGAACCUAUAAAUUAGGUGCUUGCCUAGCAUAAGAGUUCAUUUUAAGUUCAGUGUCUUGUCCGAAGACACUUAAACAAGUGAAGGAGCUGGAGAUUGACGGACGCUUCAGCAAGAGCCUACAUUAAAGCUUAUUUAAAGUCAGCGAUUUAAAACCGGAUAGUCAAAUCAGCUCUGUAGUGAAGUCCAGCUUUUUCCACACCAAGCAGCUUGCUAAGGUCAAACCUUUUCUUGCACAACACUUUGAGACAGUAAUCCAUGCCUUCCUUCCAUCUCGGCUGGAUUACUGUGAUGCUCUUUAUUCUGGGGUUAGCCAGUCCUCCCUUGCACGUUCCAGUUGGUGCAAAAUGCAGCUGCACGCCUCCUAGCUGGAGUACGUAAGAGGGAGCACAUAACCCCCAUCCUGGCCUCCCUCCACUGGCUGCCAGUGCACUACAGAGUUCAUUUUAAGAUUAUUUUGUUUGUUUUUAAAUCUUUAAAUGGUCUGGCUCCUCCUUACCUCUCUGAGCUACUCUACCCCUACGCUCCUGCUUGGUGCCUCAGGUCAGCUGACCUGCUGCUUCUGGACGUACCGAGGUCCAAACGGAGGCUCAGAGGGGACAGAGCUUUUUCAGUUGCUGGUCUAAAACUGUGGAAUGAGCUCCUCCUCCACAUUAGACAACCUUCCUCAUUGUCUAUUUUUAAAACUCAUCUUAAAACCCAUUUUUAUUCUUUGGCUUUCAGCCCAGUAUGAGACUGUUCCUGUAGAGUGUGCUGUGGUUUGUUUUAUUUAU